GAAAAGAGCCGAACUUCCCAUCACUAUUAGACGUCAGCGCUGAGUUGAGUUUUCCCUCUGUGACUCUUGGAUGUGUGUAAGAUGGCCGGGUUUAAGGAUCUUAAAGAGUUAUUCAGUCGACGGCUGCUCGCUGCGGUUAUCAGAGAUAUAACAGAAGAAAGAACAACAAGUGGAUACGAAGAGGAGCUCCACCGACAAAGAAAACUGCUGGAUGUGAUUUUAACUCCUGAAAUCAAGCUACAGAGAACAGAUGUCCAGCAGCUGUUGGUGAGUAAAGAAGAGCUUCCACCUGAGCAGCAGGAGUGGAGCCACAUUCUGGACCAGGAGGACACUAAGCCCCAACACAUUAAAGAAGAACAUGAGGAACUGUGGAUCAGUCAGGAGGAAGAACAGCUUCAAGGACUGGAGGAGGCUGAUACCACCAAGUUCCCCUUCACUCCUGUUUCUGUGAAGAGUGAAGAUGAUGAAGAGAAACCCCAGUCCUCACAGCUUCAUCAGAGACAAACUGAACAGAUGGAAACAGGAGUUGAUGGAGAGGACUGUGGAGGAGCAGAACCAGAGAGAGACUCAGAUCCAGAGAAACGUUUACAACCAGAGACUGAGGUCGACACUGAAGAGUCUUAUGAACCUGAGACUGAUGACAGUGAUGAUUGGCAAGAGACAAGAGAAGAUCUGUCAGAAUUAAACUUGAAAAAUGAGAAACUAAAGACUGGUAAGAGAUCACACAGCUGCUCAGAGUGUGGUAAAAGAUUUAACCGAAAAGGGACUCUGACCAGACACAUGUUAGUACAUACAGCAGAGAAAGCCUUCAGCUGCUCUGUUUGCAGUAAAAGCUUUACCUUAAGACAACAUCUGACCACACACAUGUUAGUUCAUACAGGAGAGAAAGCCUUCAGCUGCUCUGUUUGCAGUAAAAGCUUUACCCAAAGAGUACAUCUGACCAGUCACAUGUUAGUUCAUACAGCAGAGAAAGCCUGUAGAUGCUCUGUUUGCAGUAAAACCUUUACCCUAAGAGUACAUCUGACCACACACAUGUUAGUUCAUACAGGAGAGAAACCCUUCAGCUGCUCUGUUUGCAGUAAAAGCUUUACCCAAAGAGGAAGUCUGACCACACACAUGUUUCUUCAUACAACAGAGAAACCCUACAGCUGUUCUCUUUGCAGUAAAAAAUUUACCCUAAGACAACAUCUGACCACACACAUGUUAGUUCAUACAGGAGAGAAACCCUUCAGCUGCUCUGUUUGUAGUAAAAGUUUUACCCAAAGAGGAAAUCUGACCACACACAUGUUAGUUCAUACAGGAGAGAAACCCUUCAGCUGCUCUGUUUGCAGUAAAAGCUUUACCCUAAAACAACAUCUGACCACACACAUGUUAGUUCAUACAGCAGAGAAACCCUUCAGCUGCUCUGUUUGCAGUAAAAGCUUUACCCUAAAACAACAUCUGACCACACACACGUUAGUUCAUACAGCAGAGAACCCCUUCAGCUGCUCUGAGUGUGGUAAAAGGUUUAACCGGAAAGAGACUCUGACUAGACACAUGUUAGUUCAUACAGGAGAGAAAUGCUAAUCCUGUGCAGUGGUAAAACUGAUCCAAAGGAUUCCAAGUUAACAACAUCACUAAUGUGUAUUCAUAAGUAUGUAUUGACUAACAGAUAUGUAACUGUUGUUAUGAAGGGAUAUAAGUCAAUUCUAUUCACAGGAAUCUGUCUCUACAUAUUUGACGUUUGUGAUGUUUUGUUGCUGACAUAUGAACCAGUAAGUUGGGAUCAGCUAUGACGUUUAAAUUUAAAGUGUUUAUAUGAAACAGUUACAGUGUAAGGAUUCUUCUUCUCUCCUGAUAUCUUCUCUUCUUUCUGUCACUCUGUUUCCUUGGAGGCAUCUGUGUUGGGUAGCACAAGUUCUUCAGACAGCUCAUGUGUAACUUUGUAAUAAAUAAACUGAUGUAGAGUGAGAAAGACUUUCAUCUACUUGUGUUAUUUUGUGUUGAGUGCCUAAAGUCUCUUUGGUAAAGAAA